AUGUCCAAUUAUCAAACCACAUCAGCCACUCCAUUCAAACAAGAACAACCACCAACAACUACCACGAACAUUCCUCCAGAACAACAAAAUCCAAACAUGAGCACUGCCUAUGUUCAACCUCAACCACCCGUCUAUUACUCAACCACUCCGAACAUGGUUCCACAACAACAACCAAUGUACCAGGGUCAACAACCUUUCUAUAAUGCUCAACCAGUGAUUUAUACACAACCUUCCACAGUAGUACCAACCUCUCAUUACAACAACACCACAACAGUAACCUCAGCUUCAACCACCUUGUUAGGAACACCGUUGGAAUUGGAAGAUGAAAGGAAUGCUAAAUUAUACAUGAUUAUUGGUCUCUUUUUGGGUAUCAUGUGGUUGAUUUGUUUCGUGAGAUAUAGAAGAUCCACGAGUGCACGUGCCAGAAAUUAUGCCAACGUAUCAGGUGCAUUGUUUUUCUUGCAACUUUUCUUGAGUAUUGCUUUUGCUGUUGCUCUCUCCAUUACCAUGACCGUGUAA